AUGUCAGCGCGUAACGCUAUGGCGGCGAUGCUGGACGAAUUAAUGGGGCCAAAGCGGAAUGUCGAAUUAGGAAAGGACACCACUGUCACAUUUGAUGAUCCCGACAUUUGCAAGUAUUACAUAGUAGGAUUCUGUCCGCACGAUAUGUUCGUCAAUACCAAAGCUGACCUUGGGGCCUGUCCUCGUGUGCAUGACGAUAAUUUACGACUGGAGUAUCCGAAAAGUGACAAGUUCGAAAAACUUGGAUUCGAAAGGGAGUUUCUCAAGUUUUUGUCUCGUCUGGAUGAAGAUAAUCAAAGGAGAAUAAGGAAAAAUCUUGAAAAACUCAAAGCGAGUGAAGAAAAUGGUCAGAAGAAAGAAGACCUGCGCAAAAUGCGAGACGAACAGGAAAUGGCGAGGCUGGAUCUAGAAAUAAAAAAGUGCAUGGCAGAUGCGGAGAAGGCUGGCGAGGAAGGUCUGGUUGCCAAAUGUCAAGAACUUGUUGAUAAAGCCGAACAACUUGAAAAGCAAAAAGCGGCAAUCGUUGAACGAUUGAACAGCAACGCUCCACUGCCUGCUCCAAUUGAUGAAACAGCGAUAAAAAUCAUGGAAGUGUGCGAAGUCUGUGGAUCGAUGUUGAUCAAAAAUGACGCACAAUGCAGAGUAGAAGAGCAUCUCAGUGGCAAAAUGCACAUGGGGUUCUCAAAAAUUAAGGUUACUAUUGAAGAACUUCGGGAACGUAUCCGCAAACGAGAUGAAGAAAACGAAAGGGAGCGGCAAAAAGCACGUGAAGAGAGGGAGAAGCGUGAACGCGAAAAGAGGCGAUCACGUGAUCGAGAUCGAUCUCGCGAUCGAGAUAGACGCAGCUCAAGAAGGUGA